UCACGUUCGCGGUGGUCCACAAUCUAUCCACUAAGCAUAGGGAGGAGAAGUGACGAGUGAGAGAAGACGGGAUCCAGAUCGCUGACCGCCCAGCAACCCACCUGGACCUCACAGAAGAGGAGAAGGAUGGAUGUGCAUGGGAUGUGCUACCUGUUAGGGGUCAGCAGCACGGGGAUCAUCAGCGAGAGUCCUUGCGCUUGCACUUUGGGCUUUGCAGGAUUUGCCGUGGCUGCAGCAGACUGGCGGGAUGGAAGUGCGCUUUGGAGACGCACCGAAAUGACCCCCCCCCCCAUGGUAAAACAAGCAAUGCCUUCUGCAACGCAAGUGUGCGCCUCUCGGCCACAGAUCAAGGCAGACAGAAGGAUGCGCAGCAUUGGUGAAAAAGGAGUCUACGGGUGAAGGACGGGGAGCGGCAGAAGGAUGCGGCGCAAAACGUCCACUGCGCUCUGGAGCGGACUGGCUGCGAUGGUGACCAUUAUGGUCCAGAUCGGUGCUUCAACCUUGGAGGGACUGCAGGACUUGAACCAAGAAGUCUUGCACCCCUGGAGAGGGGGGACUGGCGGUUUGAGCAGGGUGAAGAGGGACUGGAUCAUACCUGCCAUUCGAGUGCCGGAAAACAGCAAGCAGGUCCCUGAGAAUCUGGUCCAGAUAAAAUCAGACAAGAUCUUCACUGGCGAGGUCAUCUAUAAGCUGGAGGGGCCCGGCGUUGACCAGGAUCCCAAGGACUACUUUGAAAUUGAGGACAAGACUGGGUGGAUAAGGAGCAAGAUGCCGCUGGAUAGAGAGAAACACAGUCGGUUCAAUCUGAAGGCCUUCGCCCUGUCACCCAGCGGAGAGCGCCUGGAGAACCCGUCCACCAUUGAAAUCGUUGUGCUGGAUCAGAACGACAACAGACCCAACUUCACGCAGUCCGAGUUCGUCGGCUACGUCCCAGAGUUCUCCAUUCCAGGCACGGCGGUGACCAACGUGUCGGCGACGGACGCGGAUGACCCCGCCACCGAGAACGCAGCCCUCAGCUACUCAAUCGUCCUGCAGGAGAGCAUCCCGCCGUACCGCAUCAACAAGACCAUGUUCGGCAUCAACAACGAGACGGGGAUGAUCUACACCCGAGACGUGGGGCUCGACCGCGAGGUGGUGAAGGCCUUCCGGCUCACCCUGCUGGUGGCUGACAUGUCAGGGGAGGGACUAUCGGACACGGCCUACGCCAUCAUACACGUUACGGACAUCAACAACCACGCCCCAAGCUUUUCCCCUGACCAGUACGACAUGCGGAGCACGGAGAACACACCCGUCCCCGAGAUAGGCCGUGUUAACGUGUUGGAUCUCGACGAGCCAAGCACGCCCAACUGGAGAGCAGUAUACGCCAUCUCCAGCGGGGACCCAGAUGGCCACUUUGCCGUGCGAACCGACCCCGAGACCAACGAGGGCAUUCUCUCUGUGGUGAAGCCGCUGGACUACGAGACCCAGAAGAAAUACCUGCUCACUGUGGUUGUGAAAAACGAGGAGCCCCUUAGCGACAAGGCCCCCCGUGGUCCCUUGAGCAGCGCCGUGGUAACGGUCACUGUGCUCAACGUUAACGAGGCCCCGCGCUUCGUGGAGAAUCCCAUCAAGGUGGAGGUCCCCGAGUCCACAGCUGCAGGCACGGUGCUGACCACCAUCAGAGCCCACAACCCGGAGAACGCCAGGCUCAGGUAUGGCAUGGUACAUGACCCUGAGAAGUGGCUCUCGAUAAACUCAGACACCGGAGUUCUAGAAGCCAGGAAGCCGUUCAACCCUCGCUCGGCCCACGUUAAAAAUGGCAUCUACAGCGCAGUCAUCAGGGUUUCAGAUACCGAGGCGGGGGGGCUCUCCAGCAAUGCCACCCUGGAGAUCAAAUUGCAGCAGACCAACGACUUCCCCCCACAGCUGUUCCCUCUGAGAGGUGCUGUGUGUGCGGGUCGUCGCGGGGGCGUCGGGCUGCUGUUGGGCGCCGUGGACCUGGACCUCUCCCCUCACGCCGAGCCAUUCCACUUCAAGCUCCUUGGUGACUCUCACACCAACUGGACCAUCAGCAAGGUCAAUGAGACCCACGUCACCCUUUACCCUCAGGUGGACCUCGAUCCUGGUGUUUACCCCGUCUCGGUGUCCGUGUCAGACGCAGGAGGCCUCGCCACAUCAGCCCUGGUCAAUGUGACCAUGUGCCAGUGUGAUGCUGCAGGCCUGUGCGAGGCCACUGCCAUGGCGCUCUUCAACAGCCGCGUGGGACUCAGCUUUGCUGCCUUGCUGGUCAUCGUUGGUAGCAUUCUGCUCCUACUCUUUCUGCUGCUGUUGCUGGUGGCUGUGAGGAGCUGCAGGCCACACGAUGCUAAGAAGGCCGGUCUGCUCCAGGGAGUGUCGGAUGACGACGUGCGUGACAAUGUCCUCAACUACGACGAGCAGGGAGGUGGUGAGGAGGAUGAGAAUGCCUACAACAUCGAACAGCUGAGAAACCCCAAUGAGGUGGUCCCACCUCCACCUUAUUUCCUUAAGCCAGGCUCCACCCCAGACCCCACCUAUGCUGUUCCAGGCCCCACCUACCUGACUCCAGGCCCCGCCUACCCAGCACUAGGCUCAGGUUUUCCCAGAGGAAAGCAGCCGCUCAGGAAAGACGCCCCUCAGAAUCUGCCCUCCCCGAUUUACCCACGGAAGCCUCCGGGUGAUCCCAGCGACAUCGAGGACUUCAUCAACAAUGGCCUGGAUGCAGCAGACAGAGACCCCAACGUUCCCCCAUAUGACACGGCACUUAUCUACGAUUACGAGGGCGAUGGCUCAGUGGCGGGCAGCCUGAGCUCCAUCGCCUCAGGCAGUUCGGACGAGGACCAGGACUACGACUACCUCAACGACUGGGGUCCUCGCUUCCGCAAGCUAGCCAACCUGUACGACCCACACUAGACCAGACCCCUC